GGCUGAGCCUGACACCUGUCCACUGCCACCCAGGAGGAUGUGGGAGGACAGCUUCGACACAGAGAAUUACUCAGCGGUGUCGUGGAGGCAGUAUUUUGACCAGUCGGAGGACAUCCCAGUAGGACCGUCAGAGACCAGAGAUGUGUUCAGGGUCUACAGAAACGGGACUGAUGGACCUCUACUGGUUCUGCUGCACGGAGGAGGACACUCUGCCUUGUCCUGGGCUGUUUUUACUACAGCCAUAGCCAGUAGGGUGACCUGCAGGGUGCUGGCCAUGGACCUCAGGGGUCACGGUUCCACCCAGGUACGUCAGUCAGACGACCUCUCCACACAGACCAUGUCUAGGGAUGUGGCCAAUGUGGUGCGAGCGUGCUACGGAGAGGCCCCUCCCCCCAUCGUCCUGGUUGGUCACAGUAUGGGCGGGGCCAUCGCUGUCCACACCGCCUCCAGCAUGCUCCUCCCCACUACUGUAGGACUGGUGGUGAUAGACGUGGUGGAAGGCAGUGCCAUGGAGAUGCUACACAGCAUGCAGAACUUCCUGAAAGGACGACCCAGGUCUUUUGAGUCUAUUGCCCAUGCCAUAGAGUGGAGUGUUAAGAGCGGUCAGAUCAGGAACCGGGAAUCAGCACGAGUAUCCAUGGUGGGACAGAUCAAGAGGCAUGUAGAGGUGGAGGAUGUUGUUGAAUCGCCUGAGCAGGCCGUCCCUGUUAGUGACGUAGUCGUCGAGGGCAACGAGGAGAUCUGCGUUGACCCGAGCUAUGUUAGUGACAAGCCAGACGGUACAUCAGAGGUGAGCAUCCCGGAACCCGAGGGUGUGUACAGCUGGCGUAUAGACCUGUCCAAAGCAGAGAAGUACUGGGACGGAUGGUUCAGAGGGAUCUCUAAUCUGUUCCUGGGAUGUAACCUGCCCAAACUCCUCCUGUUAGCAG